CCAAUCCCGAAAGCCCUCGACGGCGGCCGACGAAGUGCUCCCGGCUGCUUUACCCUCCCCCCGCCUCGCCUCCGAUCUGAACGACGGCGACCGCUAGCCACCCCCGGCGUUGUACGUAAGCAAUGGCGUCUUCGAAUUCGAAGCCGCGCCUGGCCGCCUCUGGUUCGGGUUCGGGCGACCUGCUCCCGGACGCGAUGUACGAGAUCCUUCUGCGCCUGCCGGCCAGGGAGCUCUGCCGCCUCCGCGCCGUCUGCAGGUCGUGGCGCGCCCUCACCUCCAGCGAGCUCUUCAUCGCGGCGCACAAGUCGCGCCACACGGACCCGCUCCUCGCCAUCGGCUACGUCGAUGGAAGAGGAAACAGAGCCAGCAACAGCUUUGGUGUUGUGGAUCUGUCGGGAGACGCCCUUGGGCGGAUCCCAAGGGUUGGGGGUGGCAUCGUCCCAGUGAGGAAGAAUGGCGCUGUCGUGCGAGUUCCGGCCGGCGAGGAUGGAAUCCAUGUGCUGCGCACCCGUCUCGACCUGAUCUGCUUCGCCAGAUCGUGCCGCCCAUUGGGUCUCUGGAUCCUUAACCCUGUCACCGGGGCUACCCAUGCUUUGCCGGAGUGCCGCUCCAUGGAAUUGGCGCAUAAGCUAAAGGGGGAAAGGUGUAGCGAGGUGGAGUUGCGUACUGUCGGGCAGGUUCCUUCCACUGGAGAGUACAAGGCUCUCCGCAUCACUAGGCUUGGUGAUGAUGAACCAGCUAGGCAGCUGUGCGAGGUUAUCACAUUCGACGGCAGCGACCAUGGAAUGUGGAGGGGAAAGCAGGGCCCUCCAUCGGUUGUCGACAAGAGUUGUGUGGUCAUCCGUGGGGUGGUUUAUUUCCAGAUGAAAUUUUACUACCUUGAUUUUGAUUUAGUAUUAAUUGCUGAACCAGGCAGCAUAGCGCCAUUCAAUCUCGAGACAGAGGAGUGGAUGGGGAUUCUCCGAGGUCCGUCGCCGGUGCUCAAGUAUGUUCAGGACCACAAGGAAUUGAGUUACCCAGGACAUAGUCUCCAGUUGUCGAUAGCUGAACUGAAUGGCUGCUUAGUUACAGUUCACAAUAUUCAUCACAUAUGUAUGGACUUGUGGUUCCUGGCAGAUAUUGAGGAAGGUAUCUGGGUUAAGAAAUACAGCUUGCCUUCACAUGUUGCUAGAAUCUUUGUAUGUCCUUUUCUGGCAUUACAUGAUGGGAGGAUCUUCUUUACCAGUGGUAAUUAUGGAAAGAGAAUCAUAGAAAGUUACAAUACAAGGACUGGCGCUCAUGCUGAUGUGUUGGAAGUGCUGGAUUGCAGCUCCAUUGGCACUUACGCAGGAAGUCUGCGGAGCUUAUAGAGCAACUAUUGUUUAUAGUGAGGUGAGUAGUGUAUUGUCCUUACUAUUGGCUACCUUAUCUUCCAUGUCCGAAAAUACUUGUGAGGCAAUGUAGUGAUUUAUUGGUGAAAUUUUACUUGCAUGCUUCCAAAGCAGAUCAUUCAUCCUUGUUAUAUUUUUCGUUAGAGCUUUUUGCUUUAUUGCUGUUUCAUGUUCACUACAUCUUGCAUUCCAUGUUAAGGCGUUCAGUUUGGUGAUUCA